UCAGCAGGCGGAGGCACGCCCAAGAUGGCGGCCUCCAUGUGCGACGUGUUCUCCUUCUGCGUGGGCGUGGCGGGCCGAGCCCGGGUAGCCGUGGAAGUCCGCUUCGUGAGCAGCGCCAAGGGAAAGGGGUUGUUUGCCACACAGCCGAUCCAGAAGGGGGAGACCAUAUUCAUCGAACGGCCCCUGGUGGCUGCACAGUUUCUCUGGAAUGCACUUUAUCGCUACCGAGCCUGUGACCACUGCCUUCGGGCACUGGAGAAGGCAGAGGAGAACGCCCAGAGACUGACUGGGAAACCAGGCCAGGUUUUGCCUCACCCUGAGCUGUGCACUGUGCGCAAGGACCUGCACCAGAAUUGUCCCCACUGCCAGGUGACGUACUGCAGUACAGAAUGUCUGCUAGCCGCAGCUGAGCAAUACCAUCGGGUCCUGUGCCCAGGCCCCUCCCAGGAUGACCCCCUGCAUCCUCUCAAUAAGCUACAGGAGGCAUGGAGGAGUGUUCACUACCCCCCUGAGACUGCAAGCAUCAUGUUGAUGGCCCGGAUGGUGGCCACAGUGAAACAGGCUAAGGAUAAGGAUCGUUGGAUCAGGCUCUUCUCCCAGUUCUGUAAUAAAACCGCCAAUGAGGAGGAGGAAAUUGUCCACAAACUCCUGGGGGACAAAUUCAAGGGCCAGCUGGAGCUUCUGCGGAGACUCUUCACAGAGGCCCUUUAUGAGGAAGCACUCAGCCAGUGGUUCACUCCGGAUGGAUUCCGGUCUCUCUUUGCUCUUGUUGGGACCAAUGGCCAAGGAAUUGGGACCAGCUCCCUGAGCCAGUGGGUGCAUGCCUGUGACGCUCUGGAGCUGAAGCCUCAGGACCGUGAGCAGCUGGACGCCUUCAUUGACCAGCUGUACAAGGACAUCGAGACAGCAACUGGUGAGUUUCUUAACUGUGAAGGAUCUGGCCUCUUUGUGCUGCAGAGCUGCUGCAAUCACAGCUGUGUCCCCAAUGCAGAGACCUCCUUCCCAGAAAACAACUUCCUUUUGCAUGUCACCGCCCUGGAGGAUAUUAAGCCAGGAGAGGAAAUCUGCAUCAGCUACUUAGACUGCUGUCAGCGGGAGCGCAGCCGCCAUAGCCGCCACAAGAUCCUCAGGGAGAACUAUCUGUUUGUCUGUUCCUGCCCCAAAUGUCUGGCAGAGGCUGAUGAACCCAACAUGACCUCUGAGGAGGAGGACGAUGAAGAGGAUGAGGAAGGAGAGCCGGAAGAUGCUGAGCUGGGGGAUGAGAUGACUGAUGUGUGAUGUCAUCCUGCCUGCAAGUGGUCCUACCCUAGACCCUGCCAGAAGAGGGGGCCUUCCCCCAGAGCAGAGGCUUGGAAGGAACUCCCACUCCUGUUGCCUGCUUUCCCCCCAUGCCAGCUCUGUUUCUUCCAGAGGGUAAGACAGGCUGGACCCUAGGCCCUCCACCUCCCGCCAGACCUCAUGCCCAGGACACUGCUGUUGAGCGGCUCAGGCUCUGCGCUGUCACUGAGCCUCUCAGAACUGGCCUCCCCCUGAGGUAUGGGUGUAAGUGGCUGGAACCAAGGUCAGGGCCUAACAGUGUUUCUUCCCCUUGGCUCCAUGGCCCCACUUACUCAUCCACCUAAGGCUUCACCCUUCUCAACUCACUGUUGGGGGGGUGGUGGUUGGGUCACAAAGUGGCAACCUGCGAACAGCCUGACUCCAUUGAAGAAGAGAGGGGGUUAGACACCCUUACCCUCUUCCCCACUAGCACAGCUGGGAGAGGCAAGAGGGAGGAACUGGGCCUCCAGAGCACCUUCCUAAGGCUUUCUGUGGGGGACACUGAACCGGGGGCAUUACCUCCCUCUGCUCACCUCCCCACACCCACCAUUUAGACAUCCGGGGAGUAGAGAAUCUCCCCAGACCCCAGAAUCUGUCCUUAUGCCUUGCCUCUCAGGCCCUGGCACAGUGCCUGGCCUCACAGGGUGUGGAAGAGGUCUCUGCCUCCCUUGGGAGGGACAUCAUGACCCCUUCCUCCCACCUUCCUCCCACUGAGGACUCUAGCAGCAUGGCUGAAUUCUGGGGGAUGAAAGGCCUGUGCUCCGUAAUUUAGGAUGUCCUAGAAUCUUCUAGAGCAUGGGUCAGUGAGGGGCUCUCCUAGUCUCAGUCUCCAUCUUUAGGAUCAUUUAGGAACACUGAAGUCUUCCAGAAACCUAGGAGAGCUAGGCUAGAUACUCAGAUUAGCCCUGACUCUCUCCCUCUCCUCCCCAGAUUAGCACUACCCCUUACUCUUGGGUUGGAAGCUGUGGAAAUUAUAACCUAUCACCUGCAAUUCCUUUCUGCCUACCUUUCCUGAGGGGCUGCCACAUGCCCCUGCUGAGGGAUCCCAGGGAGGGCAGGUGCCGCCCCACAGGCCCUUUCCUGCAUCGUGAGCCAGGUGGAAUCUGCCUGUCUGGCCUAUUGGGUUCUUAAUCCUUCGCAGUAGCCAGCACCCCCUCCCCACCCGCCCACUGUUCUCAAUAAAAUAUGAGUGGUGACAGGCCUUUGCAGGAAUGCUUUGUGGAGAAUGGCUUGACAAGCUGCUCCAGGAAGGCAGCAGUCACAUGGGUGGUGCAAAAGUGCAUAGGAUAGAGCAGGUGACUGCAGGAGAUGGGAGCUGCAGCUCCCCAGUUUGGGUUCAUCCCUGGUCUUGCCUAUACUCUGCUGUGCAAAUGUUUCUAAAGUCCAAGAGCAGGGCUCUUCUGAGGUCCAGUGUGGAUCCUCAGUACCAGGCUACAAGAUGAGGCUUUUGCUCAGGGACUGAACUACAGCUUCCCAAGUUUUUGAGCAGGAGGCUGUUGUGAUCCAAGAUUAGCAAUCUGAGCACUGGUCCUACAGGGCCUUGGGCAAGUCAUGUAUCCUCUCUGGGCCUCAGUUUCCUCCCUUCAAAACAAGAGCAUGGGACCAGAUAAGUGUUUGAAGGCCCCUCCCACCCCUGUGUACUUUCACUCUAGGACACAGUUACAACCCUGAUGAGAGGCUUUAUUGCUAAAAAGUCAGUGAGGGUUUAUUAUGUAGUCCUCAAACACCAGCUCCUUAUACCAUUCCAGCAACUGCUGUGAAAGACCCUGGGUGGGGAGGCUGAAGCCAGGUGGGAUGUGACAGGUCUCAGAUGGCUCUCAGACCACCUGCUGUUGGCCCCUUUAGUUCCAGACCCUAGCCCAUAAGACCUGGGGCCUGGGUCUUGCCUCUUCCCAUAGCAUGAGACACCUUAGGAGCCCGGGGGGGGAAGGCCAGUGGUGUGUCUUCCUUUAACUUAGCCAAGGCCCAAGCCCUUUUCCUCUGCCUGGCUCCCCCAGUCCCCAAAUGCUAUCCCCAAGUCCCAAACAGCAGAAUUCCUGGAUUUUCCCCUUCCCAGCCCAGAGUUGCUUAUGGCUGGAAUGUGGGACCAACUCUUCUACCAGAAGGUCCAGGGUGGUUGCAGCAGCUCAAAGGUGGGGAUGCUGGUGACAUUGACUGGGAUGGAAAUGAUGGCCCAUGGCAGCCCAUGCUGUUCCAGGGAGCGGCGGAUCAUGUAGCUGGGAGAGCAUGAAGAGAGGUGGUGAUGGUCACUUUCCUGACACCCCAUUCUGCCCCACUGUCCCCAUCACUCUGGGAGUUCCAGAGCCUGAGGACUUUUUUGGCCCUCCAACCAGGGCAUCCCAAGAUGAGGCUUGUGGGUAGGGACUGGUGAUUGCCCUUGACCUCCCCGAGUCAUGGCACCCAGCUUGGUGCUGAUACAGCCAGAGACAAAGAGCCCUCACCCAUCUCGGCCAAGCAGGAAGAGGGCGGGGAUGUCAGCUGUGCGCUGGGUACUGUCUUGGAUCAUCUCCACGUAGAAGCUGUCAUUGUCAACUGCGUUGUCAGAGAUGAUCACUGCCCGCCCACCGUGCUCCUGCACCACCCGGGUCUUGGAGAGGAAGGAGCAGCCCCUGGAAGAGGUGGUGAUGAGACCAAAGGAAAGGCAGGGUCCUAGCUAUCCGUUCCCCAGACCACCACCCUGGGAAGAUGAAAGGAGGACCUUGGAGGCUUUUUGAUAAAGGCUCACAAGUAAAUGGCCAAAGGCUUGGAUAAUCUUAAGAUGUUUCUUAAAGACCCUUAAAAAGAUGAAUUAUUUAAAAGCAGCUAUUUCAAAGCAUCACCACCAACAUUGAUCUCAGAAUCUACCCUAUGCCUGCCUUCCCCUUGUGCCCAUGCCUGUCCGCUCCUUACCCCCUCUCCACCAGAGCGAUCUGGUCCUGGAUGAAGAAACCGUUGCUGAGUUCCCCGCAGGCCUCUGAAGGUUCAGCAGGGACAAGGUGAAUCUGCUCAUACCUUGUGUGCUGAAAGACAUUUAGACAGGUGAGAGUGUGGGAAGACACACCUGCUUUAGGACUGGGCUGACCAUCCCAUCUUAUCAGCUUCUCACAAAGUGUGAGGGAAAUGAGGAACGAUUUCUGUGUACUGGACACUUGAGCAUUUUUACUUAAUUCUCACAAAGGUCUGUCUACUCCUAUCCCACCCUGCCUUUCCCAGACAUAGGAAGGGAAGUUGGUAUGGACCCAGAGAGGGGAAGUAACUUGCCUUGAGUCAUGUAGUUCAGAGGGGGAGCUAGCAGAGCCCUUGGUUUUUCACUACUUCGUGUCCCUAAGAAGAUAGCUUUUCCCUCUGUGGUGCCCAGGUCUGUAUUAUACCCAGAGGAAUAGCUGGAAGCCAUUCCUGGCUUUGUAGCCCCUGGAAGACAGCUGGAUUCUGCCCCCUUCUCUGUCCCAGCACUCAGGUAUGGGUUGAAGCCAUGAGGGUCACCUCGGCUUAGUGCGGGGAAUGUGGAGACAGGAUCAGAGAUGAGGGGGCCUCCCUGAACUUACAAAGAUACCACCAAAGUCCUUGGCAGGCGUGGCAGUAAAGAUGUAUCGAAUGUCCCCAGGACUCAGCACUUGAAAGUACAAAUAAUCAUGGAUGCGUAAGCCUGAAAGGUAAAAUGUACAGGUGAGAAGGCUCAAGGGAAAAAAGCUGGUUCAGGUUCAGAUCAUGGACCCCAUGCCUUCAGUGGGGCUGGUUAAGGUCUGGACCCAGAGACCCAGCUUCAGCCAGUUGGGUCCUGCAGGUGGGUAAGAUAGAGGUCUCUGCCCUGGAGAGGAUAGAGUUGAUGCAGACAGAGUUAGUAACCCCAGAGAUUUACAGCUGCUGCUGUUGCUGCUUACACAGGUGAGCCAGGAAGACAUAGCUCCAGUGUUAACCUCUCUGAGGGUUAAUUCAUUCAUCUUUGCUCUGAAGCAGACUUGGGAAUUUCAAGAUGGAGAUGUGGUAGCCUACGUAUAAAGCAACUCUCACCAAAACUUAAAAGUUGACUCUGGUUCCACUGCCAUCCUCCUAGUCCAGCCACUAUCAUUUCUUGUCCUGGCUGUUGCAGCUUU